AUGACGGCCGCAAUUCCUGCCGACAACCCCCCAGAGGAAACAGACCCUCCAGCCAAUGAUCCCGAAUCUCCACUGACCCCAUUCAGCAAGAGAUUCAAUGCGCGUGCAUGGGCUACAGGGGUCGCUGAGCUGGCGGCGGAGAGAGGUCAGGACUUCCGUCGCGUCGGUUUGUGCAUUCAGGAUCUUCAUGUCUUUGGCUAUAGCACUCCAACAGACUUUCAGAAGACGGUUGCGAAUAUCUGGCUCGCCUUGCCCGGGUUAAUGGCCCGUCGGCUUUGGCCCAGCGCCACUCAAAAUCAGGGCAGACACGGAGGAGAUGCAAUCUAUCCCGCUGAGGUUGAUGUUCAUUUUCCUAUGCUGACCGUGGGGUAUACCCUCACCUUUGCCGCAUCUGCACGCUGUCAGAGGGAGCUCUCGGACGGCGUCACUCGAAAACAAUACUGCGAGCAUCUGCGUGAUGUCGUUAUGACCAUGUACGGUAUCAGUCACACCAUUCACACCAAGAUUGGGGACGAAUUCGUGCGGGGAGCUACCCUAGCCAAUGCACCUUUCCAGUGUUGGGACAAUUCAACACGCGGUCUCGACGCUGCCUACGCCAUCGAGUUCUGCAAAACGCUGCGGCUGCAGUCGGAGUUAUUCGGUCAGACCUGCGCAGUGUCAAUGUAUCAAGCACCGCAAAGCGCAUACGAUCUCUUCGAUAAAGCUCUAGUCCUCUACGAGGGGCGACAGAUUUACUUUGGCCCCGCUCACCGGGCUAAGCAGUACUCCGUCGAUCUUGGAUUCGAGUGUCCGGCUCGUCAGACAACCCCAGAUUUCCUCACCUCCAUGGCUUUCCCUGCAGAGCGCGUCGUUCGUGCGAGAUGCAACCCACCUCGUACGGCGGCCGACUUUGCAGCUGCCUGGAUGAGGAGUGAGGAAUAUAAAGCACUCCAGCAGAGCAUUGAGCUCUACAAAGCCCAGCACCCAAUCGACGGUCCUGACUCUGUCGCCUACAGACAGCUGAAGAGAGCUUGUCAAGCCAAGGGACAGCGUCUCAACUCGCCUCAUCUCCUCAGCUAUUCCCAGCAAGUGAGAUUGUGCAUGUGGCGAGGGUGGAGACGAUUCUGGGCCGACCCUGGUCCCUCUGUGUGGGUUAUGAUCGGCAACGUGAUGACUCUCUAUGCCCAGCGGCCGAUUGUCGAAAAGCAAGCCCGCUAUGCUUUCUACCACGCUUCUGCCGAGUCGUAUGCUUCGGUCCUGGUCGACUUACCCAUGAAAAUCACAGGAACAGUGUCGUUCAAUCUCGUGUUCUACUUCAUGACGAAUCUUGAUCGGACACCCGGCAACUUCUUCUAUUAUCUGUUUGUGGUCUUUCUAAUUGUUCUCGCCAUGUCGGGAGUCUUCCGGUUCAUCGGCGCUGUAUCUCGUACAGAACAACAAGCAAUGGUUCCCGCCUCGAUUCUAAUGCUUGCCCUGCUCGUCUUCACUGGCUUCGUGGUUCCAAUCCGCUACAUGCGCUCCUGGUGCCGCCGGAUCAAUUACCUCAAUCCGGUCGCUUAUGGGUACGAAUCGCUGAUGGUCAACGAAUAUCACGCGCGUAAUUUCGCCUGUGCGGCAUAUAUCCCAACCUAUACGUCUGCUGGCAGCACGAGUGUAGCCUGUGACGCCGUGGGCGCGGUGCGUGGCCAAGACUACGUGAGCGGGGAUGCGUAUAUCGGCACCGCCUACAGCUAUUACCAUAGUCACAAGUGGCGCAAUGUCGGGAUCAUCAUUGCCAUGGUGAUCUUCAAUCAUCUCGUCUACUUUCUAGCGAGUGAGUACGUCACGGCCAAGAAGUCCAAAGGUGCAAUUCUUUCAGACGUCGAGUCGUUGCCCUCAGGCCCAGUGACAGCCCUACUCGAAAAGCCGAGGGGUGACUACAAGCCUACCCAGACGCCGGCCUUUCAGGGCUCCCGAGGUGUAUUCCACUGGAGCAAUGUGUGCUACGAUAUCAAGAUCAAAGGUAAACCCCGCCGGAUUCUGGAUCAUGUGGAUGGGUGGGCGAAGCCAGGCACUUUGACGGCCCUCAUGGGGGUAUCUGGGGCCGGUAAGACCACUUUGCUGGACUGUCUUGCGGACCGCCGCGCAGGGGUGGGCAUCUUGACUGGAGAGAUGCUGGUUGAUGGAAAGCUGCGAGAUAAGAGCUUCCAGCGCAAGACUGGUUAUGCGCAGCAGCAAGAUUUGCACCUGGAGACGACCACCGUGCGCGAGGCCCUUACAUUCUCAGCUCUUCUUCGCCAACCGGAGAGUGUGCCAGAAGCGGAGAAGCUAGUUUACGUCGAUGAGGUUAUUGAGUUGCAGGACAUGCAGGAUUACGCCGAUGUUGGGGUGGGCGUCCCCGGAGAAGACCUGAAUGUCGAGCAACGCAAGCAUCUAACGAUUGGCGUUGAACUGGCUGCGAAGCCCCCAUUGCUACUGUUCAUUGACGAGCCGACAUCCGGGCUGGACUCUCAAACCAGCUGGGCUAUUCUCGACCUCCUGACCAAACUGUCCAAGGCGGGUCAAUCAAUCAUCUGUACCAUCCACCAGCCUUCAGCUAUGUUAUUCGAACGUUUUGAUCGUCUGUUACUCCUUGCUGAAGGGGGUAAGACGGUGUAUUUUGGUGACAUUGGAGCCAACUCUAAAAUCCUGGUGGAUUACUUCCAGAGAAACGGUGCGAAGCCUUCUCCUCCGAGUGCCAAUCCAGGCGAAUGGAUGCUGGAAGCAAUUGGCGCUGCCCCUGGCAGCAAAUCAGAGGUCGAUUGGCACGAAAUCUGGCGCUUCAGCCCCGAAUACCGCGAUGUUCAGAUCGAACUGGCGAGGCUUCGAUCCAUCACUACAUCUGAUACCCUGAGCACCAGCAGUGAUGACCCGGCCUCUUAUAAUGAGUUUGCGGUUUCAACAUGGCGCCAGUUUGUUCUAUUAGCCCAGCGUUCCUUCAAACACACCUGGCGCACUCCGUCCUACAUCUACUCCAAGCUUUUACUCUGCACUGCCACAAGCUUGUUCAUCGGCCUCGUUUUUCUCAACUCGCCACUCAGCAUCCAAGGACUGCAAAACCAAAUGUUCGCAAUCUUCGAGCUGAUGAGCAUCGUCGGCCAGCUGGUAGACCAACAAUUCCCCCACUUCAUCGCACAGCGCUCGCUGUACGAAGCUCGCGAGCGACCAGCUAAGACCUACAGCUGGCGAGUGUUCAUGCUGAGCCAGAUCCUAUGCGAGAUCCCCUGGUACACACUUGCUUCGGUAUUCAUAUGGGCACUGUUCUAUUUCCCCGUGGGAUUCUACCGCAAUGCCGACGCCGCCGCCGGCCAGGACACGGAGAGAGGCGCGCUCAUGUGGCUCCUCUUCUGGGUAUUCCUGCUGUGGGUGUCGACCUUUGCGCACCUGUGCAUCUCUUUUGCGGGCUCCGCUGCCGACGGGGGCAAUAUCGCCAAUUUCAUGUUCGUCCUGGCCUUCUUCUUCUGCGGUGUGCUGGCGUCGCCAGACCGGAUGCCCCGGUUCUGGAUCUUCCUCUACCGCGCCUCGCCUCUGUCGUACUAUGUUUCCGCCGUCUUGUCGACCGGUCUCGCUAAUAUCGACGUAACGUGUGCGAGUAACGAGUUCACUGUAUUGGAUCCGCCGUCUGGCCAAACGUGUGGCGAGUAUCUGGCCGAGUAUAUCUCCCCGGCCGGAGGGUAUCUGCUGGACACGAAUGCCACGAGCGACUGCCACUAUUGCAAGGUCAAGGAGACGAAUACAUAUCUGGCAGCGAUCCAUUCGAAUUACAGUACUCGCUGGCGCAACUUUGGCACCAUGUGGGCGUAUGUCGCCUUCAACGUGGUGGGCGCGUUGGCUCUGUACUGGCUGGCCCGAGUGCCUAAGGGGGAGAAGGAGCAGAAGUAGAAACAGUAGUGCUCUCAGCAUGUUGAGAGGCAAUCGUGAGGAGAACCUGUAAUAUGGGGGGGGAUAUUGGUCAAAAUGGUAGGUAGAAUGCGACCGUGGCGAAGGACCCCCGACCCUCCGACGGCUCAGUCGAGUGUCAACAACCCAAAGUACAAAUUAGCACCAGCCAAUAUUAUUAUUGAUAGCAGACAAACUAAGUAUCU